AUGAUUGGAAGACCUCCAAGAACUAGAAAUGAAAGAUAGUAAAAUCCUUAGAUCAGUGAAGAUUAAUUGAAAAUAGAGCUUUAGAUGCAAGCAGAAAAUAAAAAGAGAGAAUUAAGAAUGCAACAACUUUAAGAGAAGGAAGAAAAUUUAAAAUAAUUAGAGUAUGCAGGACAAGAUGUUGAAUCAUUUAGGAAUAAGGUAUAUGCAGAAUAUCAGGAUGUCAUUCCACAGUAAUCUAAAGCUGAGUAAGAAAGGGCUGCUCGAAUUAAAUUGAGAGAAGAGGAAAGAUUGAGAAGAAAGAAUGGCUUAGGAAGUGCUUACGAAUAAGAAAAAGAGAGAUUACCUGUCUAGUUAGAAUAAAAGCUUUUACAAAAUUUGAAUCAAAUGAAUAAUAAUUAAAAUGCAGAUUGGUUAGAUAAAUAAUAAGUUAUUUCAAAUCAAAAUAAUGCUAAAUAACAUUAUUAACAAUAACCCAUUGUUAAUUAUUAUCCUGAUCAAGUUUAUGGUGCAAGAUAAAUAUAAUAGUCGUAAGUUAAUAAUUAAAUUAAGAAUGAAUCAUAAAAAUAUUAAGAUAAGUAAAGUUAUGAACAACGUUAUUAACCACCACCUCAAAUGAAUAAUAAUAGUAAUUAUUAGAAAAACAAAAUUAAUGAAGCAGCAGAAUAAGAAAGGGAAAAAAAAAGAAAAUAUAAAGAAUAAUUAGACAUGUAGAUUAGUUAGAAAGGUUAAUAAAAUUAAUAACAAAUAUAAAACCAAUAGGGAUUGUAAUAAUAUUAAUAAUAAUAAAAUUAUCAGUACCAAUAAUAAUAAUAGAAUUAGUAAUAAUAAUUAAAACCACAUUCAUAAUAGAGUUAGAGAUAACCUUAGGCUGAAGUAGAUUUCUUUUCAAAAUUUGGUUAACCUUAAUCCUAGUAAGGUUGGAGAUCAUAAUAAUAACAAUAAUAAUAGUAGUAAAAUUAGGAUAAUGCAGCAUUACAAAGGAUGAAAUAUAGAGAAGAACUUGAUCGUUAAAUUUUGGAAAAAAAAAAUAGAGAAAUGGAAUAAUAGUAAUAAAAAAAUCAAUAAGACUUUGCCAAAAGGCCAGCCAGUAAUCCAACAAAUGUGUUUGAUUUUCCAUAAGAAUAUGAUUAUAGAAAUAAUCCACCUCCUUAAUCUCCUAAUUAUUAUUAGCCCCCAUAAUCUGCACCAACUGAUGAUUAAUCAAAAGGAAGAUUCCUGUAGAGAAGAUUCACAAGUGGAUAGCCUGAAGAUCCGCAAAAAUAAGCUAUAAAGGAACAAUAUGCAGAAGAAUUAAAAAGAUAAAUGGAGGAAAAGAAAAGAAAGAAAAAAGAAGAGGAAGAGGAAAAUAGAAGAAGAGAUGAAAUAGAAUAAUAACAAUUUUAGUAGUAAAUAUUACUUGAGAAAAAAAGAUAGGAAGAGUAAGUUAAAUUAAAAUAAGCUGAAUUUGAUUAACCUGUUUAACAAAAAGAGGUAGUAAGGAGAGGAAAAUAAAAUAUAUAAAACGACCAACCUUAGUAAGACAUUAUUAAGAAAUCUGCCUUACAAAUUUUAUCUCCAGAAAGUGCUUUGUAAAGAGAAUAAUUAUCAUCCGUUUAAGAUCAAAAGUAUUAAUAAUAAUAAUAAUCAUAACAAUAAUAACAAUAAUAAUAACAACAAUUAUAAUAUAUGUAAUAGUAAUAACCUCAAUAUUAAUAAUAUUCCUAAGUUUAGUAACAUGUUCAAUAAACACCUUAUUAGCAUAUCCCUUACCAUCCUCCUAUGUCGCCGUUGAUGAAUGUUUAUAAUCAAUUCCAUUAAUAGGAUAAUUUAUAACAAUAUCAAUAAGUACUUUUCAAUGAUCAAAAUACACAUCAUCCAUAAGCUAUUAUGGUUCAUUAAUAAUAUUUGAUGUAGCUCCAACAAAACAGAUAGGAAAUUGAUCUAGUCAGACAAAUAUUAGAAGAAAAACUUAGACUGUAAUAAAUAGAAAUGUAGAAUCAACUAUUAAUAGAUUAGUACUCAAGAAAAGUAAUGGAUAUUUAAAGGGAGUAAAAGUUAUUUGAGCAAGAAAUCAUAAAAUUGUAAGACUUUAUUCAAGGUAAAUAAAAGCGUCCUUUAGAUCCAACUGUCUUUGCCUCUAGCGUUUAUUUUAAUGCUUUAGGUAAAAAAGAUAAUAUAAAUUAAUCACCCCAUUAAUAAUAGAUAGCUAACAUAUAACCAAUUAAAAUCUCUCCCUUUUCAUCUCCUACUGCUAAUUCAUAAGCUUAAUAAUUUUAGAAGUAAUUUAAAUAAUCAGAUAUAUCAUCUUAAUAUUCGCAUUAAUAUUAAGAAGUAAAUUAGUUACUUCCUGAAAAACAUUUAUAACCUUAUCCUUAAUAAUAAUAAUAAUAAUAAUAAUAAUAAUAAUAAUAAUAAUAAUAAUAAUAAUAAUAAUAAUAAUAAUAAUAAUAAUUCUUACAAUAAAAUAAUAAACCAAAAGGAAUUACAGAAUCUAUGAUUGAUAAUGAUGUUGAAUUACCUGCUGAAUCUGAGUAUGUAAAUUAUACUGAAGAAUAAUUAGGUAAGAGUUUUAUGCCAGAAUUAAAAGAAUUAAAAUUAAAGACACAAAAUUCUUAAAUCAAAUAAUCUGAAAAUGCAAAAACACUAUAAUCAUAAUAAUUCAAGACCCUUCAAUCAUAAAACUUUUCAAAUAAUGACUUUUAAUAACAUAUUUAAUAAAAAUCAUCUAUUACAGAUGAAAGUUGUGAAUUACCAACAAAUGCAAUUUAGAAAUCGAUUCCUCCUUAAUUAAGUCGAGUUUAAGCAAGCCAGAAUGAGUAAGACAAUUUUUAAGAUGAAGAAAUUGAUGAAUCAAAUUAAAAUUCAGAUGAACAAGAUUAUGAAUAAAAAGAUUUUGAACCUGAAGAGGAAGAUGUUAAUGAAUAAAAUAUUGAUAAUCCAUUUGAUUAGAAAGAUUAAUAGGAUGAUUAAAAUGAGAAUUCAGAUAAAGAAUAAUAUGAUAUUGAGAUACCAAAUCCAUAAAAUUAUGAUUUAAACAUGUUAAAGACCCAAGAAUAUUAUGCUAUGUUUGUUGAAAAUAUCAAACCUUAAUCAAGAUAAUAAGAAUUAAAAUUUCCAGCAAAAUUACUUUAAUAAAAUACUUUAAAAUUGAAUAAUGAUACUAUAUAAUAAUCAAGUAUGUGUGAAUAAAGUGAGAUUAUAGAAAGUUAGUUAAAGUGUAACAAUGAAAAUUAAGGGGAUGUUGAGGAAGUGUAAAUGAGUUAGGCUUAAUUUUCUGUAUAUUAAUAAUCAAUGGCAAUACCAGAGGAUGAAGAACCCUCAUAGCCUGUUGCAUCAUAAAAUGCAUUAAAAAACUCGAGUAGAAAAUAUUAAAAACCUAAAACAGUAGAUAUUUUUAAAAAUGAACAAUAGAGAAAUUCAAAUCCAUAAUCUCAAAAUUAAAUUCCUCAACUUUAGGAGCAAUCAAGAUGUACCAAUUAACAAAUCCCAGAUUAAUCAAGAUGUACAAAUUAAUAGAUGCCUGAUUAAUCUCGUUGUACUAAUCAAAAUCCAAUUGCUUCUCAAACUUUUCUAUAUCAACCAAGAGUUGAAUUAGUUAAAUCCAGAUUAGAAAACCUUUUUUAACAUACUAAUGAAUUAAUGGCGGAUCUACCAAAAGUAAAAGUUGAAAAGAUAGUGGCUGUCGAUGAUGAUGAAAUCAAAUCUUAUAAAAUUGAGGAGAAUUCUUAGUGGUAGUAACAAUUAGAUUUGUUUGCCUACGAAUAAAGCCAUAGUUGAAAUUAAUUAAAAAUAUAUAUAUAUU